AUGAGAGAAGACCCGUGCGUCCUCCCCAUCCAGAAUGCCCUGUCGUGUCGACGGCUAUUGUUCCUCACGUUUCGGAUGCACACACUCCGUCACUUAGACGGCUGUCUGGCAGCACCGCCCUCUGGCUUUUGCACGCAGAGACUCCGUCACUCAGACCGCGUGUUCCUCACGCUUUUGUGUUCAAACACGGAGAGGCGACUGGGACUGCUUCGGCGGUGGGCGACAUUCGAACUUUUGAAUUCACUACACAUUGCUUCGAUGUGCGCCGCGUCGACGCGUGACGAGCUGCCGGUGACCGAUAAGUGUCGUGCACUGACGUUGCGCCGCCGUUUGUCAGAACGAUAUUUCAAAAGGCAUCGGCUAAAGAAAAGCCCGAAUGGAAACCAGUACGCAUCAUGCACUUUUCAGCGUGACCGCUGA